AUGCCGAAAAAGAUCAGAGCAGGCAUAGUGAAUGGAGUGCUAAUUACCAUAAUUAUUGUGCUUGGAGGAGUGAUUGUAUAUCUUUCAAAACACUGUAGCUUCCUCAAUGAAAUCUAUGAAGAUACAAGAAGCAUAAUUCUAACGAACAAGAGGGAUAUUGACAAAAACAUCUAUGGAGACAAGAUGAAAAUCAGGAUCUCUGACAGAAGCCUCUAUGGAGGGAUGUGGAAGGGAUUUGAAGAAUUGAAGACGAAUGUAGUCAUAAUAAUUUCCCAGGAUGAGGUUGUCAAGGUCUUUGACAUUGUUUCUAAGGAGAUGAAAGAGUAUAAUCAUGAUGAAUAUAUAGAGCAUAUAAAUAGAAAAGGCAGCUGUUUAUCUUUCUUGAAUAAUUCCAGACAUGGAAUCCGGAAUUUUCUGAAGGACACCUUCGAGGAUGACGAGCGUGAUAUAAUAGAAGAUGCACCCAUAGUUCAUGGAUGUUUAAUACUCCCAAACACAGAUGGAGGACUUAAGUUUAUGUCUAAAUCAAAAAUAAUGGAUGUAGACUGUGGCUGGAAUGACAUCGUUGAAUACAUCUAUCCUGACAAAGAAAUGUGA